AUGGCUUCCAUGGUCCGAUCAUCGGCCCGAUUUGGUGUCGCUGCUCGUGUCAGCACCCGUCCUCUUUCAACAUACCCAGCACUACGCGCCAGCGCCGCCACUGCUACCAAAUCACAAGCCGUGCAGGCCUAUUUCCCCAAUGAGCCUUCCGGCCCUACUGUCCGAACGGAAAUUCCUGGCCCGAAGAGUCAGAAGGAGAUUGCAAAGCUCACUCGUGUGUUUGAUACCAGGGCUUUAAAUAUGAUGGUGGACUAUCAGUCAUCCGUUGGAAACUACAUCGCCGAUCCCGAUGCUAACGUAUUGCUAGAUGUAUUUUCCCAGAUUGCGUCCAUCCCGGUGGGAUACAACAACCCCCACUUGCUCGAAGCUACAAAGUCACCUCAGAUGGCGAGUGCUUUGAUCAACAGACCCGCCUUGGGUAACUUUCCUUCUCCCGAAUGGUCGGAGCUUCUUGAAACUGGCCUUCUUCGAGUUGCUCCCAAGGGAAUGAACCAGGUCUUCACGUCUACAACCGGAUCUGACGCCAACGAGACCGCAUAUAAAGCUGCAUUCAUGUACCAUGCCCAGAAAAGACGCGGAGGACCGGAAAAGGAGUUUACAGAGGAAGAAAUUUCAACCUCAAUGUCCAACCAAUCUCCGGGUUCACCAAAGUAUUCUAUCAUGUCGUUCGAAUCAGCUUUCCAUGGCCGUCUUUUCGGCAGUCUUUCCACCACACGAAGCAAGCCAAUUCACAAGCUUGAUAUCCCGGCGUUCGACUGGCCCAAAGCGCCUUUCCCAGCACUCAAGUAUCCCCUGGAGGAAUUCGCCGCUGAAAAUGCUGCUGAGGAGAAGCGUUGUCUCCAAGAAGCGGAAAGAAUCAUUAAAGAAUUCCACAACCCCGUAGCUGCUGUUGUUGUUGAGCCAAUUCAGUCCGAGGGUGGUGAUAACCACGCCUCCCCUUCUUUCUUCCAAGGCCUCCGAGAGAUUACAAAACGCCACGAUGUUCUCUUGAUUGUUGAUGAGGUGCAGACUGGACUUGGAGCUACCGGCAAGUUCUGGGCUCAUGACCACUGGAAUCUCCAGAACCCCCCAGAUAUCGUCACCUUCUCGAAGAAAGCACAAGCUGCUGGAUAUUUCUACGGAAACCCCGCACUCCGGCCCAAUAAGCCCUACCGCCAGUUCAACACCUGGAUGGGUGAUCCUGCGCGUGCCAUCAUUUUCCGUGCGAUAGUUGAGGAAAUUGAGCGGUUGAACUUGGUUCAAAACACUGCUGACACUGGCAACUACCUGUUCUCCCAACUGGAACGUCUUGCCCAGAAAUACCCCGCUGAAUUCCAAAAUCUCCGCGGCAAAGGCCAGGGUACCUUUAUUUCGUGGGAUAGCCCUCAGAGAGAUGCCGUUUUGCGAAAGGGCAAGAGCCUAGGAAUCAAUAUCGGUGGCUGCGGAGAUGCCGCGGUGAGAUUGCGACCAAUGCUGAUUUUCCAGAAACAUCAUGCCGACAUUCUCCUUGAGUGCUUAGAGAAAAUCGCGAAGUCGUAG